AUGGAUAAAACUGAAUCUUAUCUUUUCUAUUAUCGUCGUCGAUGGGCACUUCUUAUUCUGUUGAUCGCUGGAGUUUGUUUAUUUGCAUAUUCUAUUGUUCCUCGUAUUAACUUUGAAGCUUCAAAAUUGUCGGCUACUUAUGAUUUUUUUCUACCUCGAUCUUUACAAUGUUCACACAAAAAUAGAACUAGACUUGAAUCUGGUCGUCUACAUCUAGCACGUAGUCGAGUUAUUAUUUGUGGAAUGGUACGUGAUCAUGAAAUGGAGAUUCCUCGUAUUCGUCAACAAAUCGAAGAGAUAACAGGCCUGUUUGCUGAUUAUGUCAUUAUUAUUGUAGAGAACGAUUCAAAAGAUGGAACAAGACGUGAAUUAAUUCGUUGGGCUCAAGAUAAGAAAGUUGCUGGUCGAAUUCAUGUUAUUGGAUGUGGAAAUAAAGCUAAUGAUGAUCGUCCAUGCAACUUAUCAUUAGCUCGUACUGCCGCCGAUCAUCCUCCGGAUCAAUCACGUAUUGAAAAGAUGGUUCAACUACGAAAUAUCUAUAUGAAAUAUAUCGAAGAUAACACUCAACUACCACAAUAUGAAUAUAUUCUCGUACAAGAUUUUGAUUUGGUCACGUAUACCUAUAUUGAUGGAUUUCUCUCAACUGGUUUUCAUCUGCAUACAGAUCCAACUAUCGAUGCAAUUUGUGCAAACGGUGUUUAUAAUCAUGUAUUAUUCGGUCGUAAAAAAUAUGUUGAUCCAUAUGCACACAAAGAUGAACAGAAUCAAAACUGGAGUGUAAUUUACAAUGAAAUAUGGUCGUCAUUUUUUCGACUCUAUCCAUGUAGUAUCGAUUUAGUACCUGUCCGAUCAUGUUUUUCUGGUGCGACUUUUUAUCGAUACUCAAGUAUGAAAGGAAAACGUUAUCAUGAAUUUCGUAGUAAAGUACUUCAACCAUUAUUAAUUCAACGAGUAUCAGGUACAGCAGGUGCUGCUCAAGCUAAACAACAUAUUGUCUCUAAAUUACGAUCGACUAAUAUGUGGAAUAUUGACUUGGAUACAUUCGAUGCUAUGACACCAGAUGGUAAAGUUGAAUUUACAAAUAUAAUUGCUACACUUAAUGCAACAGCAACGCGUCGUUUUGUUCUUGCUUGUCAUUAUGAUUCGAAAAAACUUACAAAUUUUAUUGGUGCAACAGAUAGUGCUAAAGGAAAUCCAGCUUUGCAAUUACUUUUUUUUGAUGGAGAAGAAGCAGUCAGAAGUUGGACAUCAACUGAUUCAUUGUAUGGAUCGAGACAUUUAGCAACUAAAAUGCGUAAUACAAAUGUCGAAGGACAGCAGAAUAUAAAUCAAAUUGAUGCAAUAGAUAUGUUCGUGUUACUUGACUUAAUCGGACAUAAAAACGUUCAAUUUACUAAUUUUUUUGAUGGAACUACUGGCAAAUACUAUAAUAGAUUAAGAAAUAUUGAAACUCAACUUUUACGUUCCUAUAAUAAUAAUGGAUAUAAACGACCAGUAUUUUCAUCUAUGGUACAAGAUAGUAUUUAUCAGGAUGAUCAUAUUCCAUUUUUAAACUAUGAUGUUCCAAUUAUUCAUUUAAUCCCUGUACCAUUUCCUCCGACAUGGCAUCGAGCUGAUGAUAAUGAAGUUAAUCUGGAUUUUCCAUUAAUUACACAUAUUCGAAAUAUAAUGAAAAUAUUCGUUAUUGAAUAUCUUCAUUUAAAACAACAAACAUGUUGA